AUGAAGGGUACCAUAGAUCUACCUCGUAACAGACCAACCAACCUUAGAACCACCCCGGAAGCCCACACCAAAACCAUCUCCCUCCCACAAUCCAGCGGAGAGCUUUCACCAUUCCAACCCAGGAAUCGGAGAAGACAACAGAGGGAAGCGCCAGCGCCGGCCAAAACACCGUCUGUCGCGAUGAGACAAGCGAUGCCCGCAAUCCCGCCCUCUCCACCGGGGGUCUCCUCAAUAACCGCCGCAGCAACCCGGGAAGGGCGACAUCUGCGCCGAGAGAGACGACCGCACAGGGGCGAGAGCCUCGAACCGCGCCGGAGCAGGUACCCACGGUGGUGGAGCUGCGCUAAUCGACCGAGAGGAGGCAGCAAGAUUUGA